CGCGUUGCCCCCAGAAGGCGAUGCAGAUAAACAUCGUUGGCAAAAGGUUAUUCGCUGCGCCUCGGAAUAUCCGAGUUGCAUUGGCGGACUAUAAAACCUGCUACAUCUACGUCGAUUCCAGAACAACUGAUUAACCUUCUGUCUUCAUCCCUAGAAACUCCAAUGAUUCUUGAUCAAGCACUAGUAGUGGCUCGUGCCUCGUCAACAGGCGACGACUACCGUUACGGCUAUACUCCCACAGAAUAUGUCACCAUAAUAUUCGUUGCCUUGUUUGGGGGGUCUACCUUCGCACACACGGUCCAAAGCCUACACUACCGCCUAUGGUGGCCGUUCCCAACCAUCAUCCUCGCCGGAACCUUGGAGGUCCUCGGAUGGAGCGGUCGGCUUUGGUCGAGCUUCUCGCCAACGUUGAGAACGCCGUAUAUGAUACAAAUUGUCACGACAAUCAUUGGGCCAACUCCUCUUGUUGCGGGUAACUUCAUCAUUCUCGGCGGCAUUAUCAGCCUACUAGGGCCAGCGUACAGCAGAUUGAGCCCGAAAUAUUACUCGUGGAUUUUCGUUAGCUGCGACAUAAUUUCCCUCAUCGUUCAGGGCGCCGGAGGCGGUAUAGCCGCCUCUGCAAAGGACGCUUCCGGCGCUACCCUGGGCGGUAAUAUCAUGCUCGGUGGUAUCGUCUUCCAACUAGUCGUUAUAACUUGCUAUGCAAUCCUCGCGACCGAGUUCCUCAUCCGUUACCUCCAAAACCGUCCCAUAUACGCCAGAAUCGGGUCCACCGCAGCGAGACAGAGUGAAGUAACACUCCCUAGUAACGAACAAUACUUCCGCGGCGACCUCUCCCGGAAGAUCAAGCUCAUGAUGAUAGCCCUGUCAUUCAACACCCUUUGUUUAUAUAUCCGGGCAAUCUACCGGACGAUUGAAUUAUCUGAUGGGUGGAACGGGAGAAUCAUCACCACUGAGGUGUACUUCAAUGUUCUCGAUGGUGCUAUGGUCGUUUUGGCAAUAUAUGCUAUAAACUUCGCCCAUCCAGGAUGGCUCCUAGGACAGUACCCGGCCAACGUCGACACAAAGUCCAGCGAGAGUGUUCUCGAAUUGGAGAGUAGGGCCUACUAAUUGUCGGCGAACGUGAGGGAACGGGAUACUAUAUCUAGCGUUAAUAAGUAGACAAAUGGACACCAAUUUCCUGUGCCUAAUAGAGAUAGACACAUAACUUUCAUCUGGAAACCCUCGAUAAUUAAUUACUACGUUCUUUCUGAAAAGCGGGUUUAGCUUUGUAACCCGUAGCUAAAGGGAAACACGAUAUCAGACGCCAUG